UGAGGCGGGAAGCGCGAGCUGGGGCGCCAUGGCCAGAGCGUGGCAGCACCCGUUCCUCAACGUCUUCAGAUACUUCAGUGUGGACGAGUGGAAGCGGUCCAGCAAGGAGGGCGAUGUGGCUGUGGACAAGACCCUGAAGAGCUCUGUAUAUCAAAUCCGGGGCUCUAUCUCUGCCAGUAACUAUAUCCAGCUUUCCAGAACCAGCACCCAGUCCCUGGGGCUAACUGGACGGUACCUAUAUGUACUCUUCCAGCCCCUGCCCACCAAGCAUUUUGUCAUCCAUCUGGAUGUGGCCACCCAGGACAGCGAAGUCAUCCGAGUGUCUUUCUCCAAUCUCUUCAAGGAGUUCAAGUCCUCAGCCACGUGGCUUCAAUUCCCCUUUGUCUUUGAGACUAGGACAUCCAAGAGAGACCUGGCAGGGAUGGUCCCCCUGGGUGCCCGCUGGACCUGCCUGCAGCUUGACUUGCAUGAUAUCCUGCUAGUCUACCUGAGCCGGUGUUAUGGCCACCUCAAGAGUGUUAGGUUGUGUGCCAACCUGCUGGUCAGGAACCUCUACACCAGUGACCUGAGCUUUGAUCCUGCUGUCACUGUAACUGAGGCCCAGCGAACAAAACUGCCCAUCACCCCUGUUCCUCGAGAAAUGGCCUUCCCAGUGCCAAAGGGGGAAAGCUGGCAUGACCACUACAUUCACAUCCGGUUUCCAAGUGACAACCCACAGGUACCUCCUGAGCCAGUUCUGAAGAACAGCUCCCCUCCUGCAGCAGUCUCCCUGGAGCCUGUGCCACAGCUUCCUUCUCCCCUAGUGUCCCUCAGCAAGCCCAUGCAGUACAGCGUGUCCCCUGUGGUCCAGAUGCCCAGCCCCACAACUUCUCUCCCAGCCUCCUCUGCACCCAAGCUCCUUCCGGAAGUCAGCCAGUCCUGCAUGUACUCAGAGGGGUCCAGCCUAGGUGGCCUCAGUGUCUGUAGCCGAGAUCCUUCAGCCUGGGUGGAGACCUCUGAUGUACACUCUGUGGUCAGUGGCAGCCACAUGCCCGGCCACAAGUCUACUGGCAUGCCUGUGGCCCUCAAGGAUGCUGGCUCUCAAAAGCACUUCCUCCUAGACCCAGUACUGAGGCUCAAGGGGAUCAUCGGCUUUGGGGGCCACAGCACCAAAUGGGCCCUGUGGACCAAGGAUGGGGCAGCUGUGGCUUACCCCUGCCAUGCAGUCAUCGUCGUGUUGCACAUCUCCACUGGAGAGCAGCGUUUCGUCCUUGGCCACACAGACAAGGUGUCCGCCUUGGCGCUGGAUGGGAACAACUUGCUGUUGGCCUCGGCUCAAGUGCAGCCCCCCAGCGUGGUACGGCUCUGGGACUUCCUGACAGGACGGUGCUUGUCCCUCUUCCGGAGCCCGAUGUGUGCUGUCUGCUCCCUUAGCUUCUCCAGCAGUGCGGCUCUUCUCUACGGUGUCGGCAAGGACCACCAGGGGAGAACGGUGGUGAUGGCAUGGGGCACUGACCAGGUGAGCCUUGGUGGCGAGGUGGUAGCUCUUGCAAAGGUGCACGCUGACUUUGAUAUCCAGACCUUUCGGGUUUCCCUUUUGGAUGAUACCAGGAUGGCGUCAUGUGGGUGGGGCAGCAUACGGCUGUGGCGGCUGCGUGAUGGGACGUUGCGUUCUUGCCCCGUGGACCUGGGGGAGCACUGUGCACUGGAGCUCAAUGACCUCGCUUUUUCACAGGCCCUGGAUAGCCACCAGGUGCCCUCCAUCCACACUCUUUAUGUGUGCAGCCUCAAUGGCCACAUCCUGGAGAUUGACCCCCAGCACAUGGCUGUGCGAUGCAUCUACUGCCUGCUGCCCACAGGGGUCCCAAGUGACUCCCUCCCCAGAAAGCAGUCCUUCAGUGCAGGUCCUGGCAUUACCAUCAGCAGCCUCAGUGUCUCUCCAACUACGUGUGCUGUGGGCUCUGAGGAUGGUUACCUGCGACUCUGGCCUCUGGACUUCUCCUCGGUGCUCCUGGAGGCAGAGCAUGAAGGCCCCAUCAGCUCAGUCUGUAUCAGCCCAGAUCGUCUCCGUGUGCUCUCCACCACCUCAUCAAGCCACUUGGGCUUCCUGGACAUCCCAUCCCGAGAGUACACUGUGCUGGCACGCUCCCAUAUGGCCCCAGUGCUGGCGCUGUCCAUGGAGCAGAGCCAGGGGCAGCUGGCCACUGUGUCCCUGGAUCACACUGUCCAUAUCUGGGACCUGGCCAACCUGCAGCAGCUGUAUGACUUCACAUCUUGUGAUGAGACUCCCUGUGCCGUCAUCUUCCAACCAACAUGGCCAGCUGUCUUCUGUGGCUUCAGCAGUGGAACCAUGCGUGCCUUUAGCCUGGAGAGUGCUAGGGUCUUGGUGGAACACACGUGUCAUAGAGGAGCCAUCAUUGGCCUGCUGGUUACCCCUGAUGGCAACUUCCUAUUCAGCUCCUGCUCUCAGGGCUCCCUGGUUCAGUACAGCUGCGCCAACUCUCAGUGCCACGUCCUCCGUGUAGCACCCAACAUGGUGUGCCAGGAUGCCCAACCACACCCCAACACCCUAGCAGUCAGCAGAGAUAGCCGCCUGCUGGCCUUUGUAGGCCCCUCCAAGUACACAGUGACAGUCAUGGACUCAGCCUCUCUAGAUGAACUGCUGCGGGUCAACAUUAGUACUCUGGACCUCGCCAGAGGCUGCCUGGACUCAGCUGUGGCCAUCUGCUUUGGCCCUACAUCCCCAGGCCACCUACUUGUGUCCACGUCAUCCAACAAAGUUAUGGUACUGGAUGCUAUGUCAGGACGCACUGUCCGGGAGCUGUCUAGUGCCCGCCCUGUGGCUUGUGCCUCCCUUGCUCUCAACAAGGGUGCCUCUUUUUUGCUGGUGGCCUCUGGCCAGGCCAUUGAAGUCUGGGAGUACUCAACACAGUCUGACCCCAGCUGCCAGGUGUACAUCGGUCACUCAGAGCCCGUGAAGGCUGUGGCCUUCAGCCCUGACCAGCAGCAGGUCCUCAGUGUGGGUGAUGCCAUCUUCCUCUGGGAUGUACUGGCCACCCCUGAGAGGCAAGUAUCUGGCCUUGAUUGUGUCCACCUGGGUCUCUUGCUGGCCCCCUGCCCAGGCACAAGACAGCUGGAGGGUGUCAUGUCUGGGGUCAGGGGGCUUCCCCAGCAGCAGGUGUCCAUGGCAUCCCAGGUGUCCACAGCCCAGCUAGACAUCCACUUCAGGCCCCCCAAGGGCAGUGAUGGCACAUUCUCCACAUCAGAAGAGCAAGGAUGCUGUGAGGAGAACCACCACCCCACAGUGCUCCAAAAGUCCCCAGGCCCACCCGUGUUUGUGGAGAAGGACCCCAGUGCCUGGAGUACCAGGAAAGUAAAAGCCCAGACCUCUAUCCGCCCAGAUUCCUACAAGCACUUCACUGCUCUCUAUAAGGCCUUCAUACUGGCCAAGAUCUCCUUGGGACUGCUACUGGUCGUUGGAGACUUGUUCUCAGAGAGCACCUCUUCCUCUGUCCUCAGCUGGCAUGGGUGGGAUUUGGGGCCUAGGCAGCUGUGCUGGACACAGCACCCUGGGUCUGCUUUCUGCCCUCCAGCUGGUGGUGAGCAGCUGCACCUGAAGGCUGUGGUGGGUUACAAUGGGAAUGGGCGGGCCAACAUGGUCUGGAGGCCUGACACAGGCUUCUUCACCUAUACAUGUGGCCGCCUGGCAGUGGUAGAAGACCUGCAUUCUGGAGCCCAGCAGCACUGGCUCAGCCACCCUGAGGAGAUUUCCACACUGGCCCUCAGCCAUAAUGCCCAGGUCCUGGCCUCUGCGUCUUGCUGUGGCAGCAGUGCUGCCCUCUGCCAGAUCCGCCUCUGGGAUGUGCUUGGAGGUCUCUGCCAGCAGCUCAUCUCCCAUCAUAACGGCGCAGUGCAGGCCCUGGCCUUCUCACCAGAUGAUGCAUUCCUUGUAACACUGGGGGACUACAAUGACCACACCCUUGGCCUGUGGAGCAUGGCUACCUAUGAACUUGUGUCAUCUACCUGCCUUCUGGAGCCCAUGCAUGGCCUGGCCUUCAACCCCUGGGACACAGGCGAGCUCACUUGCGUGGGCCUAGGUGCCAUCACCUUCUGGUUUCUGCAGCAGUAUGGGGCAGACAUCAGCCUCCAGGUCCACCGAGAGACAGUCCCUGAGGAAGUGGGUGUGGCCGAGCUGACCUCACUCUGCUAUGGGGCUGCCCCCCUACUCUACUGUGGCUCUAGCUCCGGCCAGAUCUGCGUCUGGGACAUAGGUGCUGGCUGCUGCUUCCUGGUCUGGGCGGCAGAUGAUGGCGAAAUUGGGUUGUUGGUAUGCUCAGGCUCCAGGCUGGUGAGUGGCAGCAAUACAAGGUGGCUGCGCCUGUGGGCUGUGGAGGCUGUGUCUGAACUGCGACUCAAGGGCUCAGGCGCCAGUUCUGUGUUCAUGGAGCGUGAGCUGACCCUAGACGGGGCUGUGGUGAGUGCUAGCUUUGACAGUAGCGUGGACAUGGGUGUUGUGGGCACCACAGCUGGCACCUGGUAUAUCAGCUGGGCUGAGGGGACCAGCACUCGCCUCAUCAGUGGCCACAGGAGCAAGGUGAAUGAGGUGGUCUUCAGCCCUGGCGAGUCAUAUUGUGCCACCUGUGGAGAGGACGGGAGUGUGAGGGUGUGGUCCUUGGCCAGCAUGGAGCUGGUAAUCCAGUUCCAGGUGCUGAACCAGAGCUCUCUCUGCCUUGCAUGGAGCCCCCCAUCCUGUGGACAUCCAGAGCAGCAGCAGGUGGUGGCAGGCUACAGUGAUGGCACACUGCGUGUCUUCAGCAUCUCCUGUACCACAAUGAAGCUCAAGAUGCACCCCCACCAGGCUGCAGUGACAGCCGUUGCCUUCUCCACUGAUGGUCAGACCAUCCUCUCUGGAGACAAGGACGGGCUUGUGGCAGUGAGCCGCCCCCACACAAGAAUGACCUUCUGUGUGCUGAACGACCACCAGGAUGCCCCAAACUCUGCCAUCCAGGGCACACACAAAGAGUAUAGAGACCUAGGAGUAGAGGGCGAAGACCUGUGGCUGGCUGCCAGUGAGGACCAGAGAGUCAGUGUCUGGGCCUCCAACUGGUCAAGGAACCACUGUGAACUCCUGGACUGGCUGAGCUUCCCGGCACCUGCUGCUUUGGAGACCUCAGGCCUCCCGCCACCCUCCCUCGCCACCUUCUGCCCUUGGGACCUGGCGCUAGUGGUAUGUGUGGGCCUCGGCACACGUGAAGAGGUGGUCUUCUACAGUCUCCGCCAGAAGCAGGUGGUAGUGAAGAUACUGCUACCCUUCUUUGCCAUGUCCCUGAGCCUAUCCCCGGGGCCCUGCCUCAUGGCUGUCGGGUUUUCUGGGUGCACACUGAGCCUGGUGGACUGCACAUCAGGGACCACCCAAGAUUUUGCUGGCCAUGAUGAUGUGGUGCACCUGUGCAGGUUCACCCCAUCGGGCAGGCUGCUCUUCACAGUGGCCCACAGUGAGGUCCUGGUGUGGGAGGUCCAGAGCCCUUGAGCUGCAGUGGACCUGCUUCCCCGGUGCCCCAACAGGCCUGCUGGGCCCUGGGGCAGAGAAGCCAGUGUGGAUGGUGGCAUGUUGGGCAGAGAUGCGUGGGACAGGGCUCUUAAAUCGUCAGGGCUCAUCUGUCUUGAAUUCUGGUGACCUGAGAGGACUUAAGGGACUUGAGGGUAUAACUCGGGUAGAGCAUGUGUUUGGCACAGAAAAAAAAAUCAGAAUACCUGUUGGGUUUUUACUUAAGGGUUUUUUAAUGUUUCUACUUUGUACAGUUUAAAAUAAACGUAGACA